AUGCCCUUCGACAACGAAGCCCGCGCCGCGAAGCGCCUCAGGAAGCUCAAGAUCGGCAUCGUGGGGUUCGGCAACUUCGGCCAGUUCCUCGCGCGUCGCUUCAUACAGAACGAGCACACCGUCAUCGCCACCUCGCGCGGCGACUACGAGGACGCCGCGAAGAAGAUGGGCGCGCGAUACUACCGCGACCCCGACGAUUUCUGCGAGCAGCACCCCGACGUCGUCAUUUUCGCCACCUCCAUCCUCUCGACGGAGGCUACCAUAAACUCGUUCCCGGUGCAGCGCCUGCGCAGGAACACGCUCGUGGCGGACGUCCUCUCCGUCAAGCAGUUUCCCAAGCAGCUCUUCCUCCAGCGGCUCCCCGACGACUUCGACAUCCUGUGCCUGCACCCCAUGUUCGGUCCCGACUCGGGCAAAGGCACGUGGAAGGCGCUGCCGCUCGUGUACGACAAGGUUCGAGUGGGCGACGAGCAAUCGCGGCGGGACCGGGUCGAUAACCUGCUGGGCAUCUUCGCGGACGAGGGAUGCCGCAUGGUGGAGAUGUCGUGCGAGGAGCACGACAGGCAAGCGGCGAGCUCGCAGUUCAUCACGCACACCGUCGGGCGGAUGCUCGGCAGCAUGGAGCUCGAGGACACGACCAUCAACACCAAGGGGUACGAGUCGCUGCUCAACCUGGUGAACAACACCAGCAACGACUCGUUCGACCUCUACUACGGACUCUUCAUGUACAACAAGAACGCGACGCAGGAGCUCAACCGGCUCGAGCUGGCGUUUUCGCAGGUCAAGGCGCAGCUGUUCGACAGGCUCCACACCCUCAUCAGGGACGACAUCUUCGACACCGACGGCAGCAGCCCGGAGCAGCUGAAGAAGGCUUGGGAGAAGGCUGGCGAGAGCAUGAACGAGCGGGGGUACAAGGAGAGGCUGAUCGACCAGGUGAACAGCACGGGCGUGAUCGGCGGGAGUAGGGACGAGCACGCUGGGAAGGGGGCGGAGAGCGAGGCGCCCUCCAGGUGA